AAUUACUCUAUGGUCUGGGUGUGGAAUUUCAGACAAUUCGUGAUUAGUCUAUUUUAGCGCAACUGAUAGACCGAAUGAUUCAAUAAACCUGUGAUAAUAAAGCUAGACUUUAAAUCAAUUGCAAAGAAAUAUGAGACAGAUAAAGAAAUUUAUCGCAAGAAUAGAGAUAAAGACAAUAAUAACAAUUCAGACGUUACGAGCAGUCUACAAAGUUAUUGCCCUCCAUUGCAGCUAAAGCGUCUGCGCGCUCUGUGCCGAUUUCCCCUAACUUGAGCUCAGUCUGUCAUUCCAACUUAGAGAGGAAAGUCCAGAAUUUUGCAUCUUGCUUGUUUUCAUUCUAAUUUUAUUUGCAAAUCAUUUUCCUUCAGCCCCUUAGUAUUUUAGUGUAAUUACCUCAAACAUGGCCAUCGUAUCUCAGCUCGCUCGUCAACUGAACAACUUGGGGCGAAGGUCUCUCAUGCCCAUGGCUAGUGUGAGGCAUUCUUCAACCGGCUUUUGUAUGGCUCUUACGGAUGAACAGAAGGAAAUGCAGGAGCUGGCCAGAAAAUUCACACGAGAGGAAAUUAUGCCUAAAUCUGCUCAUCACGAUAGAACGGGCGAGUUUCCCUGGGACAUUGUGAAGAAAGCCCACUCUCUGGGUCUCAUGAAUGCCCACAUCCCACAGGAGUUCGGUGGUCUACAGUUGCCACUCUACGAUAGUUGUCUGGUGACCGAAGAAUUCUCAUACGGAUGCUCAGGAAUUGGUUUGGCGCUUGAAGGAACAGGAUUGGGGCAAAUGCCGGUAAUCACUUUUGGUAAUAAAGAACAAAAGCAGAAGUACCUGGGACGCCUUGUGGAGGAGCCUCUUCUUGCUGCGUACUGUGUAACCGAACCAUCAGCAGGAUCUGAUGUUAAUGGCAUAAAAACACGGGCUGAAAAGAAAGGAGAUGAAUAUGUAAUCAAUGGUCAGAAGAUGUGGAUCACGAACGGUGGAGUGGCGAAUUGGUACUUUGUGCUGGCCAGAUCGGACCCCGACCCAAAAACACCUGCUGGCAAGGCCUUCACUGCUUUCAUCGUGGAUCGAGACACUCCCGGAGUGACACCCGGCCGAAAGGAGCUGAACAUGGGCCAGAGGUGCUCGGACACGCGCGGUGUGACCUUUGAGGACGUCCGUGUGCCCAAGGAAAAUGUUUUGAUAGGUGACGGAGCGGGCUUUAAGGUGGCCAUGGGAACUUUUGACGCCACGCGACCGAUUGUGGCAGCAGGAGCUGUAGGAUUGGCCCAGAGAGCUUUGGAUGAAGCUACACGAUAUUCUCUGGAGAGAAAGACCUUCGGUGUGCCCAUUGCCUUCCACCAGGCGGUCGCCUUCAUGCUUGCGGAUAUGGCUAUUGCGGUAGAAACUGGGAGAAUUUCGUGGAUGAGGGCCGCUCACGAGGUGGACAUCAAGAGUCCCAAGAAGUCCUUCUACGCCUCAAUUGCCAAGUGCUAUGCUGCCGACAUGGCUAAUCGCGUGGCUGCAGAUGCAGUACAAAUAUUUGGUGGAAAUGGCUUUAACACGGAGUAUCCGGUGGAGAAGCUGAUGCGCGAUGCUAAGAUCUAUCAGAUUUACGAGGGAACAUCACAAAUUCAGAGACUAAUUAUCUCCAGGGAGAUGUUGGAAGCGGCUAAGAGGAUGAAUAAGUAAUCUAGUUGGGUGUUCAGAGUGAGUGGUAUUUGAAGGAUUUCUACAUAUUGUAUUUGUGCGAAUUGUGUCACAUUUCUUCAAUAAAUACGGAAUUUUAUGAAGGAAAAUAUUAAAAAAUAAUUAAAUUGUGAUUC